AUGAGGGAGUCUCUAGGGGAGGCUUUCUGGAGGGUUGAGGCAGAGCUGCUGGGGCCUUCGCGGUCUUUAAGAGGUUUUCACGGGGAACUGCAGCAUCUGCAGCAGGAAGUAGAGGCAGCUGCAGCUGCAGGACCCUUAACCGCAGAGCAACACGCCCUCGUUAGACAAGAAUUCACCCAGUUCUGCGAUUUAUGUAUAUGGAUCCGCCGCUGCCGCUGGCGCUCGGUCUUCACGCGCGGUUGGGCAGGGCGUCAUCUUGAGGCUCUCAAGGUUAAUACGCCGAGUGGGGGCCCCCAGGGGGUUCACCAAGAGGGAACCGGAGAAGGAGCGGUAACGGAUGUGAGGCCCCAAGGGUUCCCGGGCAGUAGCGAGGGUGCGGCGCCUGAUCAGCAAGGUUUUCCCCCAGUGGCCUUUGACCUGGACAUUGAAGAGACCCUUAACAAGGGCGCGCUCAAAAGCUGCCUUGAUGGGCCCCCUCUAUUGAAUUCCAUUCGAUGCCGGUGCCUCCUCCUCGUGGGUGUGGCUGCGCUGCUUGUCUUCAGUCAAGCUAAUCUGACGGGCCCCCCCUUCAGUCCUUCUAAGGCAACCGAAUUGGUGGACAUAAAGCGAGAAAAAGAAGGAAGGGAACGACACCCGGAUUUAUAUCCUUCCAUAUCAGCAGCAGCAGCAGGAGGAGUUGCUUACUGCAGUUGUUGCUGCGUGUACUGCGGCUUCUGUCCUCGGGAGGAGGCAGCUGCAGCACUAGCAGCAGCAGCAGCAGCAGCAACAGCAACAGCAAAACAACGGCGCUGCUACUGCGAAUUCUCUCUUAAGACAUUCUGCGCUUUAGGCGACCCUGAAGAAACAACAAAUAAAACGCGCGAAAGAAUUAAACAAAUCGAAUCCUUCCUUACUGUCGACGGAGAGCCGGUCUACGAAGGGGUCCGCGGUAUUGCAUAUCUGUGGUUUGCUCGUCUGGUGUUUGAGGGGUUGCGGGCCCAGACUCUAUCGGCUGCAACAGGACCUGCUGCUGCUUCGUCUUCGCCUGUAAAUGCCAAGGAUGUUGGGGGGCCCUUUAGUUUGUUUGUUUGGUCCUCAAGAGGAGACUUUGUGCAGCACAGGUCGCUGCGAGGAGGCGGGGGGGCCUCUGGGGCCCUCCGGGGGGCCCUUGCGCCUUCUCUCCUCGCUUCCCUUCUCUACCAAUUCGCAGCCGUCCUCCGGCAGCUCCAGGCAAGUCGAGCCUUACGCCUGCUGCCUCCUGAGUUUAGCUGCACGUCGCUUGAGGCGAGGGGCGUUGAGUGUAUGUUGAGGGCUGGAGACUUUGGAAAGAAAACAGAUAAAGCUGCUCGCGACUUUUUAGCUGAUGUUUCCUUCUUGCUGCGGGAUGAACAAAGCACAUUUGUCCUUCUGCCUCCUCUUACCAGCUCCCCUGCUGCGCCUGCUGCUGGCUCCGAUGCUACGGUCAAAGUUCCGCCUGACACACUAGCCGGAGCAGAAGAAGUGGCAACAGCAGAAGGAGCAGCAGCAGGAGCAACAACUCUAGAAGCAGCAGCACCAACAAAGACACAGACAGAGAGACUGCUCCUGCGCUUCUCUGUGAAAGACCCAAGCCGCGUCGAUCUCGCCUACCUUCUGCCAGACCCAGCAUGGAGGGCUAGCGUUUGUGGUGCAGUGACAGUCCGAGACAAGACGUUGUUGCUGCUGGAGUUGGGGCUUCGGCUGGCAGUUUUGGGGCGGGUAGAGGUGUUUGAAGCUGUCAACAAAAUCGCAUGCGAGACAUUUGGGGUGGAGUUUACUCUCACGGGGGCUUUGGGGGUGAGGCGGCGGCAUCAGCAGCAGGCACUACCGCAACUGGUUGUCGGUGCGUCCCGCAGCACUGCGCAGGCGCCUGUUGCUGCGACAGCAUCAGCAGAGUCUGCUGCUGCUGCUGCAGCAGCAGAUAAACAAGAGACAGUGAUUCUGACGGCCCCCUCACUGCCCUCCGAAGAAGGGCCAUUCACGGGACACCCCGCCAAGCGCAGCAGCGGCAGCAGCAGCACCACCACCGACAGCAAGAGCAACACGAAACCUGGAGGGGUUUCAGGGGAAUCUUCAGAGGGCCCCGAAGAAGGGGGAGAACGCCGGCGGCUGUGGCGGCUCGAAGAUGUUCGUGAAGACAAUGACAUUAUGGAAAUGCCGAGACUUGAAAAGGAAGAAAAUCGAGAGUUCUUUGAAAGACCACUCGGAGUGGUUGAACAGGCGCUUCUCCUCGCCAAAUCCAGAGCGAUAAUUGAAAGCAAUCCAUGCAACGACCCAUUGGCUCUGGAGGAAGUUGGUGCUGUGGUGUCUAGGGCGUUGGUGUUGCCUCCGUCAACAGGCUCCAGUAGCAGCAGCAGCAGCAGCACGGACAAAGCUUAUUAUGAGCGGCGCCUGCAGAUUUUGCAGCAUGAACCCGAGGCACUGUUUGUUGCUGAGCCUGAGUGUAUCGUCACUGCUCCAGACUGGGCAAUCUUUUCCUCCGGGUUGCUGCUGCGUUGUCGCGCGGAGUUCCACAGAGUGAAGACAGUAGAGAGAGCUGUGCUGCAGCUGCAUGCCCUCAGGGAGCAGCUCGAUGACACGGACCCACCGGCUUGCUUCCGCCUCUUCGGCUUGCUUUACCACGCUGACCUCCUCACUUGGUGGGAACUGCAGCGAGAAGUUGCUGUACGAAUGAUGCGUAUCGGCGCUACCAUCACGGCUGCUGAGAAGUUCACCGAGCUGCAGAUGUGGGAAGAGGCGGCUGACUGCCUUGUUGCCGCCGACCGGCGAGCCGAUGCUCGAGCUCUUCUGGAGAAGCAGAUCGCAGCGAAGCCAACGCCUCAUCUUCUUUGCACUUUGGCUGAUUUAGAAGUUCCACAAAACGCGAAGCGAGCGGAAGAUCUCUAUAAGGAGGCCUGCGUUCGCGUGGUGCAGUUCUGCUUAUGCGUAGCUGUAAAACGUGUUGACAUUUCGUCGCUGAAUAUCCGUGACGCUUUCGGGGUGCCGCUACGCCCGAGCACAGCGGGCAUUGGGCCGUUUGCUAAUGUCGCAGGGGCGGCUGGAGGCUGCAGCUGCAGCACUGCGAUUGGCAGCAGCAGCAGCGACUUUGCACAGCCCCACGUGCGUGACGCAUGGCCAGCGGCACAGCACUGCAUCUUGGAGGCGGCGAAAUAUCGGCGAGAGAAUUGGAGAAUUUGGGAGACUUUCAUCAGCAUCUCCGUCCGCCUGAGAGAUGUGCAGGCCAUCUCCCGUGGUCUUCGAAGCCUCGUCCAGAUCAAUGCUAAGGACCGCAUCGAUCCUUGGAUUUAUUCAUUUUUAGAGGAGUUGGUGCUGUUUGAGUUAAGGCGGGCUGAGUCGUGCACGCCUGAACAAGAGCAGGGCCAGAUGCCCAUGUUGGGUGUUCUGCGCCACACCCUCAGUUGUCUGCAAUUCUUAACUCAACACAUCUCAGACUGCGCAGAACUGUUUCGGGUUUAUGGUGUGCUCCUCGUGAAGGGAAAUAAACCGGCGGAAAGCGUCUACAACUGGUUAAAAGAAUUCCGCUGUCUGCAGGCUGAAGUGACCCGCGGCAAGUUGGAUCAUGAGCGGUUGUUAGAAUUGACAAACAAGCAGGUUUCCUGUCUAGAACGUUCGCUCUCGUUGUUGGAGAGCUUCAGCCCCAAAAGCAAGAGGCGCAUGUCGGUCCUGUGCAGCAACGAUCUUCUGCAACAGAUGAAGACCACCGUCGAAACGCAUUCAAAACGCAUAUUGCCGGAAGCAACGGAAGCUUUGAAGCGCUUAGAAUCGAUGAUGGCCCGUAUUGAAGUGGCGCAGCAGCAGAGUGUCGGUCUAUGCAACGAAGAGAUGGAAGGGGUGCCAGCAGGUGAGGGUCCAACACCGCGCGAUGCGUCAGAGCAAGCUAGUUAA